AUGCCAAUUAAAUCACUUGAAUCUUAUCUAUUUGAACGGAAACUAGCCAAUACGAGUUCCAUUGAAAUCUUACAGAAUGCAACAAUCGGUAUUGAUGUUGAUCAUUACUUAAGCAGAAUCUAUACUUUCAAAAAGGAGCAAUUCCUAUCAGGUAUUGGUGGGAUCCCAAGUUCUUUGAAGGAUUAUAUUUUGAGUGAUUUACAAGUAUUCCGAGAAUUUAAUAUCAAACCAAUCUUUGUUAUAUCCGGAUUAAAUAUUCAAUUACAAAUGAAUAAUUUCAAGACGAAUGAGCUUAGUGCCUAUGAACAACAUUUAGAAAAUACUUGGUCUAAAUUAACUGCUAAACAACAGUAUUCCUACAAUAAUAUUGAAAGCUUUAGACUUUUCAAUGAUCCAUUGCCUAUCAGACCAAUGAUCAAUGACUUAAUCAAAUUAUUUAUUGAGACAGGUAUAGAUUACUUGAUUUCUCCUUAUGAUUCCAGUUUCCAAUUAUCAUAUUUGUAUCAACUGGAUAUAAUUGAUUCAGUCUACGGAUCGACUGAUUUAUUAUUAACAAAGAUUGACAAAUUUAUAUUGGGAAUGGAAUUUCAAUCAAAGGAUUUUAGAUUCAUUGAUAAACAGAAAGUGUUAUUAGAAUUAGGAUUAACUGAGCGACAAUUUAUUGAUAUCAGUUUAAUGGUUGGAUGUACUUUACAACCAGUAACUUUUCCAAAUUUCCCAAGUAUUCCAAAACCAAACCCAUUACAACCAUAUCCUCAAUUGAGUCAUUUUAAAUUGGGUUUAGAUAUCGUAUAUCAAUAUAAUCAAUUCAAUCAAGGUGGUGAUUUAUUAGGAUACAUUAUGAACCUUAAUGACCCAAGAUUAGUUGACUUGUAUUUCAAAGGUCAUUCCGCCAUCAAAUAUAUUCCUGUCUUGAAUAAAGAUGGGUAUGUUCAAUUGUAUAAUGUAGAAAUGGCAAAAUUAGGCUUCGAUUCGAACAUUGAUUUCUUAGAUGAAGACACGCAAGAUGAAGAAAGUGAAAUUGAUAACCAACCACAAUCCGUGGUUAAAAUCCCCAAUGAUAUUCAUGAGAUCAUUAGUCAAAGAUUGCCACCUGAAUUAUACUACUAUCAAUCGAUUGGAUUAUUGCCUUUGGAAUUAUUGGAAUCAAUUGUAAAAGGUCAAUUUGAUAUUAGACCAAACUUAGAAAUUGGGUUAAACGAUAGUUUCAAAAGUUUAAUUAAUUCAAAAUAUUAUCUUGAUAACUUGGAUUAUCAGUUUAAUUUAUUAACACAGUUAUUGGCAAGAUAUUAUCAAGUAAAAACUAUCAAUGUUAAAUUUUGGUAUAAAGAUGAGUUAGUUAAAUCAAAUACAAGGUUAACUCCCCCAAUUUCAAAGAGAGUUAAUAAAUUGUUUAUUCAGAACGAUAAUUCAGGUGAAAAGUUUUCCUUGAUUGAAUUCUUUAAACAAAAGCUCGAUGGUAAUUAUUCAACUGAUAAGGAAAUUUCUACAGUGGAAGAUAUUAUAUCAACAGUAAUGUUAAGAACAUUAUAUUUGUUUAAAAUAAUCGAUGAUAAAUCGCAAGUGAACUCAUUGGGUAAGGUUUUGGUUAAAUAUUGUGAAUCACAAGGAAACGAAAUUGACAAUAAUCAAUUGGAACAUUUAAUCUUAAUUUUGUUUUUGAUUCAAUCAAAAACCUUAAAAUUAAAUGAUAUAAAUCGAGAAUUCUCCACUGUAUCCAAAUUAUUCAAAGAUGCAAAUUCCCAAGUUGAAGAAGUGGCCAAUGAAGAUGUUUCUAAAAUUACAUUAAUUUCACGAAUCUUUUCAUUAGUCAAAUUCAAUAUUUCACCAAUCAAUUAUCAAGGUCCAAUUUCUCGUAAUUUGUUAAACUUCCGCAGUCAUUUGAAGUUUAUAAAUAAUCAUAUUAUAAACUCAUUGGAAUGCUUAUUGGUCGAUUUUAUUGUCCAUCAGGAACAAAACAAUAUCAAAACCACCUUUGAAUCUAAAUCUCAUUGGUAUGGCUUAAUCAAUCAGUUACCAUUCUAUCAUGAUUUAAAUAACACUUUAUUGGGUAUCUUAGCCGAAAUAUACUUCGAAGUAUGUUUGAAACAACCCAAAUCAUCAACCAGAGAAGAUAUUAUCAAACAUGGUCAAGACCAUUUAUUCAAUCACGUGUAUCAAGUUCAAGCCACUAGUUUUAAUAUAAAUGUUCACGGAAUGAAUUCCAUUAGUGCAGACCAAUUGUUGAAUGAUUUCAAACUGGGAGUCAAAUUUUGGAAUCAAUUUGUUGAGUUAUCGAAAGUGGUUAAUGAAGUGGAUAAAUCGUUGAUUGACGAUGGUUACUUAAAACUGAUUAUUGAGGCUGAUGAAUUGGUUAAGAGGUUUUCUUAA